AUGAGCCCCUCGUUCUCAGCCCUCCGCCAAAUUGGCAUCUACAGAAAUCUUCCAACCUUUGACGAGUCCGUUGAAGGUCUCACUGCCAUCAUUACUGGUGCCAAUGGUAUCUCCGGUUUCAACACGAUGCGGGCUCUCUUGGAUAGCCCUAAGCGGUGGAAGACCAUCUUCUGUCUCUCUCGCCGUCCUCCCCCGGAAGAGAUGAUGAACCUCUUGUCUGCCGAUGCUCGUUCCAGAAUCGAGAUUGUUACUUGUGACUUUCUCGAUGAGCCUGCUUCGAUUGCCAAGAGCAUGAAAGAGGCUGGCGUGCGAGCUGAUCACAUCUUCUACUACUCCUACAUCCAUAAGCUCUGGACUGAUGUCGAUGGUCUUGUGGAAAGCAACGUUGCCCUCCUCAAGAACUUCCUCGAGGCGUUGGAGUUGGCGGACAUCAAGCCAACUCGUUUCAUUCUCCAGACCGGCGGCAAGAGCCAUGGUGUACACAUUGGUCGCGGACGCACCCCCCUUCUCGAGUCUGACCCCCAGCCAAGACACCUGCAGCCCAACUUCUAUUACCCACAGGAGGACUUGCUCAGAGCCUUCUGCCAAAAGUAUGGCACAGCAUGGAACAUCAUCAUGCCCUGCGCUAUCAUCGGAAGCUCGUCACAAGCGGGAAUGAACAUGUUCUACCUGUUCGGCAUCUACGCUGCUGUGCAAGCACGCAAGGGUGAGCCUCUCGUUUUUGGAGGAGACUGGGAGGCGUGGCAGUAUGAGACCUACCACGGCUCGGCACGAAUGACUGGCUACCUAACCGAGUGGGCAGCCCUGAACAAAGACUGCGCCAACGAGAACUUCAACGCCCAGGACGGAGGCCCGCUGGUGUGGGAGCGCUUCUUCCCUGAGCUGGCUCGCUGGUUCGGUGUUGAGAAGGUGGUGCCCCCACCGGACGACGAGUCUGGCCUUGAGACGAAGAUAUCUGGAAAGUCGGGGAAGAAGGCGCCCCUCGGCUACGGCCCUCCUUUCUCUUCCAAGACGCGUUUCACUCUUGCCGACUGGGCAAAGGAGGAGGAGAAUGCUGUUGCUUGGCGCGAGAUCAUGAAGGAGUCUGGAGGCAAGAUUACGAAUGACCCAUUCGCGGACCCCGAGGCUUUCUCCAUGUCUGAGUAUGCGUACCUUCGGGCUGGAAGCCCUUGUAUGAACAAGGCGAAACGGCUUGGGUGGACUGGAUUCGUUGACACGACUGAGAGUCUCUUUGAGACGUUCCAAGAGUUAGAAGAACUCGGACUCUUGCCGCCGAUGAAGGUAGACUCCGCUCGUCCUAUGUGCUAA